AUGCAUUCUUGGGGGAGAGAGGAAGCUUGCUUUCUAGAUGUGGUUGUUUUAGCUAAUGAUGAAGUAGUGAGUGUGUUGGGUAGUUUCCGGCAGCUCAAUGAAAACUCUGUCAAGCUUUGGAAAAGUUUACCAAAAGGGAAAAUGGGAAAAGAUGGAAGGAUGAGACUCAAAACUGCAGAGGUUUCAGAGGCUUUAGAAGCUAUUCUUUUCCAAGAAACCCUAAUGGUUUCUAUCUAA